ACGAAGCACAAAUUAAUUUCAAAGAUUUUAAUAUUUAGCCCCUUUUGCCUUCUGCCACACACUGAAAUGACUCUGGUUUAGCUGAAAGCGCCGCCCAUAGUCACCCAUGCCUCCGCCGUCAAUCGCCGCCGCUCCACCAAUUGCCACCGCGCCGGCACUCUAUUCUCUCACUCCUAUUAAAAAGAUACCAUUUUUUCACCACCACCACCACCACUCACUUUCUUCUCCACCUCUCAAUUUUUCGAUUUUGUGGAACUCAAGUAGGAGUAAGCUUACUCAUGGCCCAGCUUCAAGAAUUUUGUUAAGCCGUCCUCUUGCUAUAAUCUCGAGACAUUUCUAUGAGGGGAAAGGAAGCAAUGCGUUUGAUCCAGAGCUUAGAUCAGUGCUUGAGCUUGCCACUGAUUCUGAAUUGUAUGAACUUGAAAGAAUUUUAUUUGGUCCGAGUUACUUCAGUCCACUAUUGAAAUCAAUCUUGAGAAGUGAUGGUGAUGAUGGUAUUAUGAUUGGAGAAGACCCAAAUGAAAGGGAAGAUUUUAUCACGAGGCUCGAAUCUCGGUUCUUGUUUCUGGCAGCUGAUGCAAGAUCAACACUGAGGGGCUGGAGACCAUCUUAUAGAAAAGUAUUGCUUGCGGUUAGGAAACAACUUAAGAUACCUUGCUCGAAAGAUCUCUCGGCAGAAGACUUAGAAGUGGAGAUUUUUCUGCAUCUUUUGCAAGAAUACUCGAGUGAAGAACCCAGUAAUUUUUCAAGCUCCAAUGGUGGCUCAAACAAUGGCGACGAGCCUAAUGACCUAGAAUUAGGCCUCAGCCUUUGGAAGGUGCAAAAGCUUGCAGCUUUAGGGAUUGGAGCAACAGAGCUCAGAUCAAUAAUAAUGAAGGGUGGUGGAAUGCUUACACUGGAAAAGCUGAUGGAAUUGGUGGGAGGGAGAUUAUCGACGAAGAUGCUUUCGGAAGCUGCCAAAUAUCGGAUAAAAAAAGAAGCCAUUAAUAAGGGUGGAAAGUUGGCGGCUAUUCACCUGGAAUCUGCUAUGGGUUUGCUGGCUGCUAGACAGGGUCUAAAAGCUGCAGCUACUCGAUAUCUGGGGCUUAGGAGUGUGACUCAGUUACUUGGUCCAAUAGUGUGGGGUACUUUACUGGCUGAUGUUGUUAUUCAAAUGCUCGGCACUGAUUAUGCUCGGAUAUUGAGAGCCAUUUAUGCAUUUGCUCAGAUUCGAAUCUACCGCUCGUACAAAACGGCAUCCGAGGUUAUGUGAGAUUUUGUUGGAGUUUAUGAUGUUUUGAUCUUUCUGGUGUUUCUGUAAAAAUGUCAUCACUUUUUUAACUCUUACAAAAUCUCCAAGUGGUAAAGGUUUUUGUUUGGUAGUAAUUGAUUGGUGAUUUAGGGUUGCACAAAGUGUUUCAUCACACUUUGAAAUGGAAAUUUCUUUGAACUUCACAUGUAAUUGUGCAUAACUUUCUUUAUGUUAUUAAAUUAAAUUGUUUAGUGUACAUGUUGUGCACUUGUUCAUUGUUGUAAUAUAUUAUAUUUUAUAUUUUACUCUAAAUUCAGUUUUGUAGCCGCUCGUGAGAUAAGAUGAACUGAGAUUGAGCUCGGUUAAGGCUCGUUUAGUUAAAAAGACUAGCUCGACUCAGCUCGUGCGUGAAAAUAAGAGUUUUUGCAUAAUUUAAGCCGUUAAGACUCGUUACCGAUCUGAGUUAAAGCUCUUUAUAAAAAGAAGUUUGUUUUUUUCUCUUCAAACUAUUGAUCUCUAUUUGGAAGACAAGGAACCAUUGGGUAUUCAGAAAAACCUGGAGAAAUGCAAAAGCAACUGUGGACGCAGCUAUUAGAGACUGGAUUGAAUUCAGCAAUCCACUGCCUUCUUAGACUUCUGGAUAUUUAUUUAUUUUAUUUCUGCUUAGAUUCAGUUUAUUCUUGUGUUUUCCUUGUUUUGUAAAAGCCUACUAGGCCCUCUGGUGCAGUGGUAUGACUUUUAUCUUUUGAAGAGCCUUGUAUAUUGCUUUUGUUAGGCCCUGAUAUGAAGUCACAAACUGUUGGUUCCAGCUCUUUAAGACUGCCAAAGUUUGAUCUUCAUAUUGGUUUUUUUUGGUCACCUUUUGGUGCUUUAGUUAUCCCUAUGGGAUC